CGGUAGGCGGCCUGAGCUGACCCCUAACAAUGGCGUGCUAUUCGCUUGACCCAGAAAACCCCACAAAAUCAUGCAAAUCAAGAGGUUCAAAUCUUCGUGUUCACUUUAAGAACACUCGUGAAACUGCCCAGGCCAUAAAGGGUAUGCAUAUCCGAAAAGCCACCAAGUAUCUGAAGGAUGUCACUUUAAAGAAGCAAUGUGUGCCAUUCUGUCGUUACAACGAUGGAGUUGGUAGGUGUGCACAGGCCAAACAGUGGGGCUGGAUGCAGGGUCGGUGGCCCAAAAAGAGUGCUGAAUUUUUACUACACAUGCUCAAAAAUGCAGAGAGUAAUGCUGAACUUAAGGGCUUAGAUGGAGAUUCUCUGGUCAUUGAGCACAUCCAAGUGAACAAAGCCCCCAAGAUGCAGCGCAGGACUUACAGAGCUCACGGUCGGAUCAACCACUACAUGAGCUCUCCCUGCCACAUUGAGAUGAUCCUUACUGAAAAAGAACAGAUUGUUCCUAAACAAGAAGAGGAGGUUGCACAGAAGAAAAAAAUAUCCCAGAAGAAACUGAAGAAGCCAAAACUUAUGGCCCGGGAAUAAAUGUCACAGAAAAUAAAUGCAAAUAAAAGU